AUGACUCGCACCAGGGAUCAGACACUUUUGAGCGAUGACUGUCUGUUUCCGACCAAAGCAACGAAAGGGCAACGAGCGCAAUGGAGGAGCCAAGAGAUUGCCCCAGCUCUGGUGAAGGAAAGCAUCCAGUUUUGCCAGAAAGCAAACGUCCAGCUGUCCUUUCUGCUGGCCACGGCAUGGGCGGUGAUUCUCCGGCGGUAUGCCGAGGUCGACCAAGUCCAUUUUGGAACGCUAAGAUUCACUCACACUGACGACACAUCAGUCGGGAUGGCCUACAAACCAAGAAUGAUACUCAUGUCUACAUCCAUGGCGCGUGUGGGGAGUGUACGUGAGCUUUUCGUCCCGGAGCAUUGGACCAUGUCCUCCCCCGACCCCAACAGGCUUCAUACUUUCAACAGCGGCCUGGUCAUAUGCGAUAAAGUUAUAAAUCAGAUAAACAGCUCUGAGGAAUGGACAUCUGAGGAAGAGUGCGCGCCGGAUAGGCCACAGGCUCGAGUUUAUCUUGCACACAGAAUGCCGACAAUUACACCAGAGCUGGCCGAACAUAUUUCAACUUCUUUGACACAAGCGGUUUCUGUGAUAUUGCAGGACAGCGAGCUCGCCCCAGACCGUAUUCCGCUAGUCGGCCAAGCACAGAUGUCACAGAUUACUCAGUGGAAUGACCGGAAGUUCAUACAAGCGACAGCGCCUUUUCUCCAUCAGAUUAUCCGUCAGCAAGUCUUUCUUAAGCCGAACCAACCGGCGAUAGAAGCGUGGGAUGGGACCUUAACUUAUUGCGAACUCGAUGAAGCCGCCGGCCGCCUCGCCAAGGAAUUGGUAGGACGCGGAGUCGGCCCUGGCCAUCUGGUGCCUGUGUGCUUUGAAAAGUCCCUAUGGGCUGUGGUGGCUAUGCUGGCUAUCAACAAAACUGGAGCCGCCUUUGUUCCUUUGGAUCCGUCUCAACCCAGAAAUCGCCUGGUGAACAUCGCUCGACAGCUGAUGUCGCCGAUGGGGCUCGCUUCUGCCGACCAUGUUCCUUUACUGGGCGAUAGCAUACAGUCUAUACUGGUUGUAUCUGAGGAAACACAGCUGCCGCAACAUGCUCAUCCGCAAGAUGGGACGGAUAUACCAAUCCAGAUGGAGGCUCAUGGGCCCGCAUAUUGUCUUUUUACUUCGGGAAGUACCGGGGUACCAAAGGGAUGCAUAGUGGGUCAUGCGGCCCUGGCCAGCGUUGCAAGCCACAGCGCUGCUUUGCAUCUCUCACCAGCCAGCCGUGUGCUGCAAUUCGCGUCCUUUGCUUUUGGAGUUUCUCUGAUCGAACUCUGGUGUACGUUGACGAGCGGGGGCACAGUGUGCAUUCCCUCUGCUUCGGAUCGUGUGAACCAUCUUGCAAAGGUUAUUCGGACCAUGCGGAUCAACUGGGCGAUCCUGACCCCGACCUCACUUAGUACUCUCCAGCCAGAUCAAGUACCGAGCCUUCAAACCAUUGUCGUGGCCGGCGAGCCACUCAAACAGAGCCAGAUUCUCCAAUGGGCGGAGUCUGUGCACUUGUACCAGGGAUACGGGUUCACCGAAUGGGCCGGAAUCUGUUGCGUUUCCCGACGGUUAACAUCAGCCGUUGACGAUACAAGCCUUAUUGGGAAGCCUGCCAAUGCCGGAUAUUGGCUGGUUGAUCCUAACGACCCUGACCGGCUUGCUCCCAUCGGGGCUGCAGCAGAGUUGGUGGUUGAAGGUCCGAGCCUUGCGCUGGGCUACCUUAACGACGUAGAACGAACAACUACCAAAUUUCCUGAGAAUCCCUUAUGGUUCCCAAGUAAAUUAAACGGCCGGCGCUUCUACAGGACAGGCGAUCUGGUACGUUAUGAUUCGGACGGGACCUUGAGGUUCCUAGGGAGGAAGGACAGACAAGUCAAGAUCCGUGGGCAACGGGUGGAAUUGGGCGAGAUUGAAUCACGGAUUGGGCAUGCCUGUCCGGAAUAUCGUAACUCGAUAGUCGAGGGAAUCAUUCCCUCGCAUGGUGACGGGAACAAGGUUCUCGUUGCGUUCAUGGCGACGGCAGAUGCUGAGCCAACCGCCACUGGUUCCAUCACAGAUGAUGAACCCUUGGUAAGCCCACUGGACAAAAAGAUGAAUAUUGGCGUCAAAUCAGUCAUCACCCAUCUAGAAGCAGAACUUCCGGAUUACAUGGUGCCCCGAAUCUUCGUCUGGCUCAAUAGGAGGCCAUUGACUAUCACAGGCAAAGUAGACCGCAACAAACUUCGCGAGGUGGUUGAACAGUUAGAAACACUGGAAUGGAACAGACUCGUGGGUCUAACGGCGGAUGUCGGCCAAAGGCCUUCAACCAGAUCAGAGCAUUUGAUACACAAGCUUGUGGCGCAGGUCCUGAGCCGACCGACCGAGAUUGUAGGGAUGCAACAUGGCUUCUGCUCGCUUGGCGGGGACUCAGUUCUCGCGAUGAAGCUAGUCGGGCUUGCGCGGCGGCAACGCCUCAAGCUAUCUGUCCAGCAGAUUCUCAAAUCCUCUUCGCUGAUCGAGUUGGCCUCUCACAUGGCGGACUCGAACGACCAUCUCGAGGCCGACAUACCGCCGCCGCCCUUUUCUCUUGUGCAUACAAGCUUGUUAGAGGCCCUGACCUCCCGGGCGGCCGAAAGUUGCGGAGUGAAUUCGGAUCGCAUCGAGGACAUAUAUCCAUGUACACCCCUUCAAGAGGGCAUGAUGGCACUAGCCGCGCGGAGAUCCGGUGCCUACGUCGCGCGCUUUGUCUAUCGUCUCUCCCCCUCUACUGAUCCUGACCUAUUACGCUCGGCAUGGAAGAUGACCGUCGCUGCCAAUCCAAUUUUGCGUACGCGGAUCAUACGCGGAGAUCAAGGUCGGAUGUAUCAAGUUGUGCUCCGGCAGCAACCAUCUAGACUCCCGCCAACGGACGAUGAGCCCGUCCACAUGUCACUGGGGGACGCUCUCGUGAACAGUACUCUCGAACAAAGGGCCGAUGGCACCAUGUAUCUUAUUCUGGACAUGCACCACGCCGUGUGUGAUCGCUGGUCAUCUCAGCUAAUCCGCAGGCAGGUGGAAGAUGCAUACAAUGGCAGAGAACUGGCUCCCAGUCUAUUCAGCCCUUUCGUCAAGUAUCUCUGUCAGCGUCCCGAUGACGCUGCCAAAGAAUACUGGACGUCGGAACUAGCCGGCCUGGAGACUGAUCAUUUUCCAUUGUUGCCGUCAGAGAGCUAUGUGCCCAACCCAGCCCUAACUAUGGAGCAGUUGAUUCAAUAUGGCGGCACACUACCCAGAGGCUGCACGUUAUCAAGCAUACUGCGAUUGUCCUGGGCCCUAGUCCUUUCCCAUUACAGUAGUGCGAAGGAUCUAGUAUUUGGCGCCACUGUGAUGGGACGAGCAGCCCCGGUCAGUGGCGUGGAAGAGAUUACUGGUCCCAUAAUUGCCACUGUUCCUAUCAGGGUGCAGCUCUAUGCGAACGACACCAUCCUAGACGUACUGCAGCGGAUUCAGGACCAAGCUAAUGGCAUGAUCCCCUUUGAGCAAACUGGGCUACAAUACAUUCGGCAAUACAGCCGGGACUGUAUGCACGCUUGUUCCUUUGGAAGCCACUUUACCGUCCAGCCAGCAUGGCCGGACCACACAGAUGAUGAUGGCGAACCAAUCCUCACGAUGUGCUCUGCAGGCCCAGCCAUCCCGCACGGGUUCUCCUCGUACGCGCUGAGCGUCAUCUGUCAGCUUGCCGAGACGCAAGAAAUCAGAGUGUCCGUGGAUUUCGAUACAGAGGUUAUCUCCGAGUUCCAGAUGAAGCACAUUCUUGCCCACUUCGAGCAUUUGCUACAGUACAUUCUCGCCCGCCCUGACCAGUCAGUCGAGGCAAUACCGCGAGUGAGCUCUCUGGACAUGAUGCAGUUGCGCCAGUGGAAUGGCGCUGUACCGCCUGCUGAAGCUGCUUGCGUCCAUGAUCUGAUUCAACGACAUGUGAUUGAAGCGCCCAACUCGCUGGCGGUCGAUGCGUGGGAUGGCAGUUUUACAUAUGCUGAGCUAAACGCUCUCUCCCACCAACUAGCUAACGAAUUGAUCGCGGACGGCGUCGGUCCCAAUGUGUUCAUUCCUCUCUGCUUCGAGAAAACCCGCUGGACGACCGUGGCUAUGCUAGGUGUCAUGAAAGCGGGCGGUGCCUUUAUCUUACUGGAUCCGUCGCAGCCUGUCCAGCGAUUAAAAACGCUCUGUCAGCGCGCUGGUUGCACGCUAGCUCUGACCUCUGCGGAGAAGCAAACAGUCGCUGCCAAGUUAGUGCCCAGUAUCAGGGUGGUGGGCCGGAAGUAUAGUAGCAGCGUAGGAUGCUCCAGUGUCGAGAACAUCGCCAACAGCAGGGCUGAACCUAAUUGCGCACUAUAUGCUAUUUUCACCUCUGGCACAACAGGCGUUCCUAAAGGGGUUGUCGUGGAGCAUCGGUCCUUCUGCACGGCAGCACUGGCCAUUAACGUGAGUCUCCAGGUCAACAAUGAAUCCCGGUUUCUGCAGGUGGCUUCGUACGCCUUUGAUGCCACCAUGAUGGAAAUGCUGUGCCCGUUGGUCGCCGGAGGAUGCGCAUGCGUUCCUUCGGAAGAGCAACGACAAAAUGCACUGGCCGAAACGGCUGCGCGGAUGCACCCAACACACGUUCUUCUGACGCCAUCCCUGGCCAGAUUUGUUAUCGGGCGGGUGGCAUUCACCCAAACUUUGUUGGUUGGCGGAGAGCCCAUGACCAAAUCGGACGUUCAGAAAUGGGCAGCAAUGUCAUGGAGACUGAUGAAUGCAUAUGGACCCACUGAAUGCUCAGUCGUCACUUCUGUACAGGAAACAGUCCACUGUGACUCGGAUCCCCGCAAUAUUGGAAUUCCUCAGGCUGCGCGGUGCUGGUUGGUGGACCCAGGCGAUCACCAACGCCUCGUUCCCGUUGGAGCCGUCGGAGAGGUACUGAUCGAAGGACCCAUUGUCGGCCGUGGCUACCUGAACGAUCCUGAGCGUAGUGCGGCGGCGUUUAUCCAAUCUCCCUCAUGGCUAGCAGAUUUCAACCGUGUCAGGGACCCUUCCUCGCGACUCUACAAGACGGGCGAUCUGGCUCAAUAUGACUCAGAUGGGGCAUUGCUUUGUCUGGGACGCAAGGACACGCAAGUGAAGCUGCGCGGCCAGCGCCUAGAACUAGGCGAAGUGGAGAGCCAACUGCACCAGUGCUUCCCAGGGCUGGUUGAUGCGGUGGUGGAGAUGUUGAAAUCGUCUAGCCGCUCAUAUCUGGUCGCUUUUGUUUUGACUUCUGCGUGUCCGCAGAGCGCCCCGGAUGGUGGUCUCCUGGCCCAGCCUUCUCCAGAAUUUCAAGAAAAGGUAGCUGCAGCACGGAGCAGACUGCAGCAAGUCCUCCCAGGCUUCAUGGUCCCGGAAGUUUUUGUGCCCCUGCGAGAGAUGCCUCGAUCCGCUGGAGGCAAGUCGGACCGCAGGCGCCUUCGAGAACUGGCGUCCCAGCACUCGUGGGACCAGCUGGUAUCAUCCUGCCGACCGGUUCGCGAGAAACGCAAACCUGAAAGCCAGAUGGAGUGGGACAUGCAGAGAAUCUGGGCGCAGGUCCUGAAUCGCUCGCCUGAUAGCAUCGGGGCCGAUGACAGUUUCUACGAACUGGGCGGGGACUCGAUUACAGCCAUGCAGAUCGUCUCUCAAUCCCGAAGCGAGGGCAUUACAAUAUCGGCAGACCAGAUCGUUCGAUACAAAACACUUUCUGAGAUUGCUCUGCAUUGUCACUCGAAGGAGCAGCCGGAGGCGGGUGAGGACCGGCCUUUUCCCCUCUCCUCCAUGCAGCAGACUUUCUUCGAAACUCAGCGGGAAAAUUGGGAUCAUUACUGCCGACGGUUCUUACUCCGGCUAACUGAGCCUAUCAAGUUCACCUCGUUGCAAGGUGCCGUUAGAGCGGUAAUACGCAGGCAUCCUAUGCUUCGCGCUCGGUUUGCCCGUCAACCAAACGGGGUCUGGCAGCAGUCGAUCACCAGCGCAGUCGAAUCCUCCUUGCGAUGCGAGACGCACGAUGUGGCAACGAAGGCGUCCUUAGAAGACCUGGUGCAGCGGUGUGCUCGUCGUAUCGACAUCCAAUUCGGGCCUGUACUGUGCGCGGACCUGAUCAACGUACGGGAGGACAGUAGUCAGCAUCUGUGCUUGGCGGCGCAUCAUCUGGUUGCUGAUUCGGUGUCGUGGUGCAUCCUCCUGCAAGACAUUGAAGCGACUCUCCGGCGCGGUGGGAUACCAGGUAGCAGCAGCCACAGUCUCUCAUUCCGGGAGUGGACGCUGAGGCAGAUGCGUCGUCUGGAGGAAAAUCCUUCUCGCAGGGUCACUCUCCCGUUAGAAACGGCCGAUAGAUGCCGCCACCGUGCCACCGAGUUUUGGGGGAUCUCAGACCAACCGAAUUUGUUCAAGGAUGCAGUGUGCCAGACAUUCAAGUUGGAUCCCCACAGCACAAAAUGCCUGCUUGGACCGGCGAACAUCGCGUUUAACACUCAACCGCCCGAUCUCCUGCUUGCCACGUUGCUGUGUUGUUGGGGAUCAACCUUUCCGGAUCGCCCGCUGCCGCUGGUGUUCAAUAAAGCUGAUGGAAGGAUAUCAGCGGAUCCUCAGGUCGAUGUCUCCCGCACGGUCGGCUGCUUCUCAGCGCUUAUUCCGCUGGUACUGGGUGAGGACGAAGUGGGCGUAAAGGCGGAUGGCCUCCUGGGCAUCGUUCGUCGAGUCAAAGAUGCUCGUGCAGCGCUUAAUGCCGAUGAAUGGGCUUACUUCGCCCCUCACUCUGCUCAUCCACGAGUACACUCUCACCCCGUGGAGGUGGCCUUUCAAUACGCAGAAUCUUUCGACCAGCUUGAGCGCUCCGACGCCCUUUUUCACGCAGAUGAUCUUGAGGGCUUAGGCGCCCUCGAUGCGGGCGACAGCAUUACGCGAACGAGCCUAGUCGAUAUCGUUGCCUCAGUAGUGCGAGGUUGCCUGCACGUGCAGAUCACGUAUAAUAUGCACAUGAAGUUUCAGACAGCCAUUCAGGCCUGGAUCGGGAGGUACCAGAAAGCGCUAGCCGAGACAGGUGAGCUUCUGGUCGGCCGAGACAGGGAAUACACGCUCUCUGAUUUCCCGUUGCUCCCGUUGUCAUACAAACAAUUGGACAAUAUGCUGCACCUAUUCCUGCCCCAGCAGGGGAUCUCGGUGAAUGAUGUCGAAGAUAUCUAUCCCUGUUCACCUAGCCAGCGGGGUAUUCUGGUCGCACAAGCGAAAGGGCACAGCAGUUACGAGGUCGACGUCACCUUGCGAAUUGCAUCUCGAAAUGCUAGACCAAUAGAGCUGGAUCGCUUCAAGAGCGCGUGGCAAAAGGUUAUUGCGCGCCAUCCAAUCCUCCGGACAAUAUUUAUCCAUAGCCUGUCGGAAGAAUCAUACAUGGAUCAGCUGGUUCUCAAGAAUCCGUCGCCAGUGAUCAUCCACAGGAAGCAGGCUGGUUCGGGUCCGCUCAAAGCGUUGAUAGAAGAAGAGAAGGGAGUGGUGAGCGGAACCCCGAGAGGACUCCGCCAUAGACUAACCAUGUGGACGGGGGAGAAAGACAAUGAGAUGCUGUGUACAUUGAGGAUCGACCAUGCAAUUAUGGACGGUGUCACAAUCGGAGUGAUUCAACGAGAGCUGGUUCUCGCAUACGAUGAUCAACUACCUGCAGAACAGGCGCCGCAGUACCAGGACUACAUUGCCCACCUGCAGCAACAGAACGAGGACUCGGCCAUGAAGUACUGGGGCUCAUAUCUGGCCGACGUAGGGAUUUGCCAUUUCCCUCGGAUCAAUAGCAUGACAAGGAAAGCCAGAAAAGACGAACGAGGCUCCAGUGUUCUGGCAUUCAACCACGUUCCCGCCGUCCAGGAAUUCUGCCGAGCGCAUAAUUUGACUCUCUGGCAUGUGCUCUGCUUAGCAUGGGCCUUGGUGAUGCGAGCCUACACCAAUUCGGAUCAGGUCUGCUUCGGCUACGCCAAAUCCGCAAGAGAUCUCCCCAUCGCGGGAAUCGAAAACCUUGUAGGGCCAGUUCUUAACAUGCUUCCCUGCCUCGUCCGGUUCCAUGGCAAGCUCUCGGUUAAAGAGGCACUGCAAAGUCUACAACGAGAUUAUCUUGAGGCACUUCCCCAUCAGUGCUUUCCUUUGUCAAGUAUUCACCGUCUAGGGGAAGGAAAACACACUGCCAUGUUCAACACAUCCGUCGCCAUCAAUUCCCGGCAGUCCACUCCACCAGGCCAGGAUGGCCAAAGCUUAUCGUUUUCCAAGGCCUGGAUGCGAGGUAGCGAUGAGUAUGACGUCAAUCUAUCAUUGGAAAUAGGGUCAGACAAUACAGAGAUCUACUUGACGUAUAGGACAGCCUUGAUGGCAGAAGAUCAGGCGUUCAGUGUGGUUGGUGCAGUUGAGAAGGCAAUCUCUGGGAUCAUCUCAGACCCAGACGCCCAUGUGGGGUCGAUUAAUAUCGUGAGUGACAAUGACUGGAAGGCGCUGUGGAAGAUAAACUGCCAGAUACCCGCGGGUGUCGAGGGAUGUGUCCACGAGGUUAUCCAAGAACGAUGUCGAGAGCACCCUGACAAAGUGGCGGUUCAUGCCUGGGAUGGUCGUUUCACGUACCAACAGCUGGACAAACUUUCUUCGUCUCUGGUCCCAGCUUUGCAAAAAAGAGGGGUGCGCCCCGAGGUCAUUGUGCCGCUCUAUUUUGAACGAUCCUGUUGGACUCCUGUUGCCAUACUGGCGGUAAUGAAGGCUGGGGGCGCAUUCCUCCUUCUGGACCCAUCCCAUCCCCACCAGUAUUUGGAAAAGAUUUGUUCUGGGAUCCGCUGCCGCGUCAUCCUAUGUUCUGCCAUGUACGCGGACGCCAGUCGCCAGCUCGCUCCUAGCGUGUUUGUCCUAUCCGGCGACGCGCUCCCCCGUGAGGAUGCCAAAACGGUCAAUUUCCCCAGUCCAGUACGCCCGCACAAUGCAGUAUACGUUGUGUUCACAUCGGGAUCGACAGGCGAGCCAAAGGGGAUUGUUAUCGAGCAUCAGCAGUACGUCUCGGGUGCUAAAUACCACAUCCCCGGGUACCACAUUGAGCCCUCGACACGAAUCUUACAAUUCUCCUCUUAUGCCUUCGAUCCUAGUGUUCAGGAGAAUAUCAGUAUUCUGAUGGUCGGCGCUUGUAUCUGCAUUCCAUCAGAAACACAGCGCUUAAAUGACCUGGCUGGCGCCAUACGUGAGCUGCAGAUCAAUUAUGCCAUCAUGGUACCGUCACUCGCGCGCCGACUUUCGCGCGAGGAACUGGCAGGCCUCAAAACCCUCACCCUAGUGGGGGAGACCAUGACUCAAACUGACGUGAAGUAUUGGGCCAGAUCAGUCCGCCUGGUCAAUGGCUAUGGCCCCGCCGAAUGCUCCGUGGUAUCCGUCAUCCAGUCCGGUAUGGACGUAGACACCGACCCGCAUGAUAUCGGAGUCGCGCAGGGCUGUGUCUGCUGGGUGGUCGACCCAGGCAACCAUGAUGCGCUGCUUCCUGUGGGAGGGAUUGGGGAGUUACUCAUUGAAGGGCCGCUUGUGGGACGCGGAUACCUCAAUGACCCCCGCAAGACAGCUGAAGCAUUCAUUGCCCCUCCAAAGUGGCUCCAGCCCUGGCGUCCGCCUCAUUCCACCAGCAGGCUUUACAAGACGGGUGACCUCGUCCGGCUCAAGGGAGACGGCUCGUUCCAGUACCUUGGACGUAAGGAUAAACAGGUCAAGCUGCGGGGCCAGCGCAUCGAACUUGCCCACGUGGAGGCUCAGGUCCGCCAGUGCUUUGAAGGUGUCCUGGACGCCGUGGUCGAGCUUGCGGUCAUGGCGCGUGGUGGCUCGAGGAGAGCUCAGCUGGUGGCUUCGGUGGUGAGUUCUCGGCAGCCAGACGACAAAAAGGACGGGGCCAGCAGUCUUUUGCAGGAUCCAUCCGACGAAUUUCGCGCCCGUGCAGCAGCCGCUACGAUUGCCCUUCGACAGGCCCUUCCACCUUCCAUGGUUCCAUCCAUCAUUUUGCCUCUCAUUGAGAUCCCCCGGACGGCAUCUGGAAAGGUCGACCGCAACCGUCUCCGGGCGCGGCUGGAAGCCUUGCGAACAGACGAACUAGUGCUAUAUCAACCGUCUGCUUCCUCUUCAGCGAAUCAGGAUGACUUGGCUGAGCCCGAGAAGGUGUUGCUGCGGCUUUGCGCCCAGGUGCUUGGCCUCGAUCCAGAGGUACUGACUGUCCAUGACAAUUUCUUCCAUAGCGGCGGAGACUCCAUUGAUGCCAUGAAAUUGGCGGCGAUGAGUCGAGCGACCGGCUUUGCCGUCAGUGUCGGUGAUAUCUUCUCCCACCCAGUGCUUGCGGACCUCGCGAGCGUUGCGGCUUCAUUGUCAUCCGCAGAUGAGCAACCUUACCAACCAUUUUCUCUAUUGAGGGUCACUCCGAAUCUCGAGAAAUCGUUUAAAGAAUAUCAAGCGCGGUACCCAAGUCUGUCGGACGCAGUAUUGCUGGAUUUACUGCCAGCAACGCCGACCCAGCAGGUUUUCAUUGAUCGAAAGACAUUCCAUUCGUACCACUUUGCCCUCAAUGGCCGCAUCGACGUCGAUCGACUGCGUCGAGUAUGCGACGCGAUGAUGGCCCGAAAUAGCAUUUUGCGCACUGUGUUCUGGGAGCACGAAGGCUGCCUUAUUCAGGCGGUGCUGGGCAACGUCAAGGCCCCCUUCCGUCACCACCAGGCGAAGAGAGGCCCGAUGGCCCAAUGCCGGUCGCAAUGGGAAACCGAUAUGUCACAGUUCGACAUCAGGGAUGGGCUUGCCGUAUCGUGGACCUUGUUCUCAAACUCUCCGGUCGAUCAUGUCUUUGCCCUACAGCUAUCCCAUGCCCAGUGGGACGGGAUAUCAAUCCCAUAUCUCUUCCAGGACCUAGCGGCCGCAUAUAACAACGCCUCGUUGCCGCCAACAUCGGACUUCACUCUGUAUCUUCACCGCUGCGCAACACUGGAUAGGGCUGCUCCGUAUCGGUUUUGGAGAGAAUAUCUUUCUGGCUCUUCCCUUGUCGCGCCUUUCCCAUCCUCCCACACCCGCAGCCCCGGCCAAGCCACCACGACCGUGAUGGCAGUCACCAGUAUCCAACCGCCCGAGCUUCCCGCCGGCUUUACCAUGGCCACUCUGAUUAAGGCAGCGGCUGCUUUCUAUCUGACUCGGCUCCUUGCCAAAACGGACAUCGUGUUCGGGCAAACAGUCAACGGGCGAAACAUGGCCCUUGACAAUGUGGACGUAAUCCUAGGGCCAUGCCUCAACUUCAUUCCGAUGCGGGUAGCCCUCCAGCCGGAGUGGACCGUACAAGAUCUUCUUGCUCAUGUAUACCAACAACACAUGCGGUCCGUUCCUUAUGAUUACAUGCCGCUCCCGGAGAUCAUCCAGGAAUGUACAGAGUGGCCCGCGGGUUCCGAACUGACGUUCAUCGUCCAGCAUCAAAACAUCCGGCUCGAACAGAACUUGCCGCUGGAAGGUAUGGCGGACGUGCGGUACUCGCUCUUCGCGAACUUCGAUCCCCUCAAGGAGGUAUGGGUGUUUUCGGAGCCCCAUUCGGAUCGGCUGGAGAUCCAGAUCUGUGCCAACAGCGGCGUCUUGACGAAAACACAAUCCGCGUUCCUGUCCGCCGAGAUCGCUAAGCUUGUGGAGUUGUUUUGGCAGUCCCCUGACAUGCUGCUUGAUAGUGCUGUGGAACACAUAUGUCCCCAUAUGCUACGCCAAAACUGA